GCGCAGGCGCAGCGGCGGUUCCUCUAUAUAAGGGUCGCGCCUGCCCGGGCUCGCGCUGUCAUCGGGAGGAUGUCGCGAUACGGGCGAUACGAGACCAAGGUGUACGUGGGCAACCUGGGCACGGGCGCCGGCAAAGGCGAGCUGGAGAGAGCCUUCAGCUACUAUGGACCGCUGAGAACCGUGUGGAUCGCCAGGAACCCGCCGGGGUUCGCCUUCGUGGAGUUCGAAGACCCCCGGGAUGCCGAAGAUGCUGUGCUUGGCCUCGAUGGGAAGAUAAUAUGCGGCUCCAGGGUCAGAGUGGAAGUAUCCACGGGGAUGCCGCGCCGCUCCCGCUACGACCGGCCCCCCGCCCGGCGCCCCUUCGACCCCAACGACAGAUGCUACGAGUGUGGUGAGAAAGGCCACUAUGCCUAUGACUGUCACCGCUAUAGCCGGCGAAGGAGGAGCAGGUCCCGCUCUAGAUCGCGCUCGAGGUCCCGAGGGAGAAGGUAUUCCCGGUCACGCAGCCGCAGCCGUGGUAGGAGAUCCAGGUCAGCUUCCUACCGCCGGUCCCGGUCGAUGUCUCCUCGCAGAUACAGAUCCUUCUCCCCCCGCAGGUCCCGUUCUGGUUCUUUAAGAAGGUCAAGGUCUAGGUCCAGGUCACGCUCCAGGUCCCGGUCUGUUGUAUGGCCUCGAAGCAGGUCUGAGUCUCAUGGUAGAUCUAAAUCUGGCUUACCUGCUAAAAGCCGCUCAAAGUCCAGAUCACCAUCUCCAAAGAGAAGUCACUCACCAUCAGGAAGCCCUUGAAGGAAUGGAAGCCCUAAAAGAAUGGGUUCAAAUUUAAGAAGUUUAGUAAAAAAGUUAUUUUGUUUACAUUAUAAGGGAUAUUGUGAUGCAAGGGCUUAGUCCUAGAAGGCUGUUUCUAUUGACUAGCAAUUGGCAUGAACCUCUAUCUUCUAAAAGUCUUGUUAGCAGACUAAUACAAAACUCUUCUGUUGUGUUUGUGUUCUGUGAUCUGAAAAUGUUGGGCUUUUUUUUUUUAUUAUUGGUGCAUUGAAAUAAACUGCAUUUCUAACUAAGAAAA